GACCUGGUCAAUCGUGACCCAGAUCUACGAUGGGGCAUCGGUUAAAAUUUGGCGAAAGGAAUUCCAUAAUAUUUAUCAAAUUAAUUUGAAAAUUAUUCUUCUGUCAUCGGAGAGUGAAAUCCAAUUCUCCAAAUAAUUUUUUUCUAAUCUCUAACAUUCUCCAAUUGAAUUUACAAAAAUAUAAAUAUUCAAUUCAUUUUCAAUUUGAUUACAAAUACGAUUGUUAAUAUUCAUUUUGGUCUUCACGGACUGGAAACAUAAAGCUGCAAUAUCCUUUUACCAGCUACUCUUAUGUUACUGGUGAUAGCAUAACGGAAAUUACUGGUAUAUCGGCAUGAAAACCGCAUGCUGCAUAUGCUUAUCCAUACAGUACGAUAAUGAGUUGUACGUCACAAAUGUCACGUAAUUAUCAUACAACAUGAGGCAUUCAACUCAUGGUAGAUACGUAUUAUGUAAAUUCCAUUGCAAUUCAUUUAAAAUUAAAUAAUUAUAAGAUAUUUUAUAGUAAAAGAACAAGGAGGAAGCAAUUUUGCGCCGGAAGUAACCGUCUGGGGGGUAGAGGAGACGAUAUUAUAGACCCUAAGGCUUAUAGUUAUUAUAAGGGCCAUAGGAUAUUGUAUACUAUAUACAAUGUCUGCCCUGCAUCAUAUGUGCGGGCUGACUGAUAGUGGCUGACUUUAGCCAUUAUAGAGCAAGGAGUCCAGGGCCUUCAAUUCAGCGCCUGGACCUUACAUAUGGAAACCACGGUACAUCUAUUAUGGAAAUACCUCUAUCUAAGCUAUAAAAGUAUUAUAAAAACAGUUUGACUUCACCUUUCUCCAACGUAAGGUUUUUAGUCAGGGAUCCAUAGUUGGACAUCUGGAUCUUUACCUAUAGGGGUUUUGAUACAUGCACCAUUACAAUCCAGUCGAUUUUGCGCCAAAAACCUUAAAUCCGCUACAAAAUUCAAAGAUUCCAAUUUUUUGGCGCGAACAGAUCUCCCGCGGAAGCCUAGGUAGGCGUGUAAAAGAGUUUGGCUCCGAACAGGGGCGGAGUCCCUGCCCUUCGUCAAUAAGAGCAUGCUCUCUCGUAUAUACCUCUCUAUUUCGCUUUUCCUCUCCCCGCUUUAACUCUCAGCAUCCUCUCCGUUACCGUCCUCCUCUCUCCUCCGUUCAACCCUAUCCCAGCAUCCUCCUCCGUUUCUUCACCUUCAUCACCGGCUAGCGAACUUUCCUUUUACCCUUCGCUGUCCAAAUAGACCCGAGGAACGCUGGACGUCGCGACGCCCGCCUGGCUGUACCACCAGCCUCGAAUAUGCGCCCAAGGUGAAUCCUGAUGAACGUAUCAUCGAUCGGUGGUGCUGGUUGCUGAACCAGCCGGUGUGCUCGGGUCCACGCGCUGCUGCUGCUGCUGCUGCUGCUACUGCUGCCUCGCGAACGGAAAUCCUCAGCUCCGAAGGCUCUUACACCGGACCAGGUGAUACCCAACGAUUCCUAUCCAUCUGCCAACCUGAUACAUGGAAGUCGGUUCUUGAAAAGUAGACAAAGAAGUAGAGGAAAAGCGAGAGAGGCUGGACCGAGAGGGGAAGAGACACGGAGGUCUGAGUUUUAUCGAUUGUGGUAGUGGGACGAGAUACGUACCGGAUUUCAGAUCUUGCGCUGCGACAGAAUCAAUUCGCGUGCGGUCCACACAUACGAUCAUCGGAUGAAUUUUACAUCCUGAUGACCGAUACUGACGAGGCCUACUCCGUCGUUCGGCUGACGGAGAAAGUGUGUGCUUACCUGUGAGAUACGUGCAUUCUUUUUUACCUCAUGAAACCUUGGAUCUGAAUGAAUGGAAAUGACGAAUGGGUAUCAUUUAUGGCCGAAACCGACCAUCAAAGUUACUAAACAGGUGCUAAUAUAACCGAACGAAUGAAUUACGAGAAACUAUGCUGGCAAAUUGUACAAGUUCGUUCUCGAUCGAAGGAUAUAUCGAGUGGGAAAGUAAAGAGUAAUGAACAGAGGUACGGGGGCCCGGGUGUCGAGCAGAAAUUGUCAGAGUGAAUUUCAUCUGUCUGGCAAGCUAUUGUUACGAAUCAUCGUCAGUUUCUGUCACAUCACCGGCACCUUUUGUAAUCGGGAAGAGAGGAUGCCACGAGGGACCAACGACAUGCAGAUUCCUCUGAGCCGAGCGACUCAACUUGGACAUUGCGAUUUUGAGAAAAGUUGCGAUUGGUUCUGGGAUCAAAAUCCGGGUUUUGAAAGAACCAAAGCACCUGUGAGAGGAAGAUUGGGGCCUAUUACCGAUGCCAGUAAUUCAGAGAGAGGUCAUUUCUUGUGGUUCACUGGUGGAGGAAAGACCCAAAUGUGGUCCUUAACUAUUCCUCCAACUGGCUCCCUUUGUGUAUUAGAAUUAUCAUCAUACCAAGUCGAAAUGAAAAAUGGUUACAUAAAUUUGGUCAUAAUCACUAAUAAUACGAGUUCCAUUGCUGCGGAGAAGCCAGGAAAUAAUUAUGCAAAAUGGGGUGCAACACGAUUUAAGCUGGGUACAAUUAGUCAACCUCAUAAAUUAUUAUUGGAAAUGCUGUUACCCAAUUCUAACUCUAGCAUUGCUAUUGAUAACAUUCGCCUAAUUGAUUGUUUUCCGGAAUCAACACCCCUAGGAACGGCAUGUACGAAAGACAUGUUCCGCUGUAAUAAUGGUUCCUGUUUAAACAGAACACGUGUUUGCGACCUAACGAAAGACUGCGCCGACGGCGAAGACGAGGAACGCGACUGCGAUAAAAUACCAGAGAAUGCCAGAUGCGAUUUUGAACAUGGAUGGUGUGGUUGGAGAAAUGUACCUGGAAGACCUUUAAAUUGGACUUUGCAUCGUGGUGCUACUCCUUCUGAGAAAACUGGUCCUAGUUAUGAUCAUACAUACCGCAAUGCCUCUGGAACAUAUGCAUAUGUAAAUAUGUCAAAAAGAGUGGAAUAUGGCAGUCGAGGCACCAUAGAGAGUCCUCUAUACAAUCCGACACCCCCCUACAGUAGUGAUAUAAAGAGUCCAUACUAUGGAUCUUGUCAAGUACGUUUCUUUUUCCACCAAUACGGUGUACACAGUGGUUCUCUUGCGCUAUACCUGAUUCAAGUAAAACCACAUCAGAAUCAUUCUGAAUCUCUAUGGUGGUCUUAUGGGGAUAGAAGCGACGUGUGGUAUAACCAUGCUGUCUCUCUGCCUGAUAUUAGAUACAGGUACUUCUUGGAGUUCGAAGCAAGUAGAGGGUAUUCUUCCAAGGGUGAUGUAGCCAUUGAUGAUUUUUCUCUGAGCCCAGAAUGUUUUGGAAUUGGAGUUCCACCGGAAGUCGUUGGGAAUUUCAAUUAUUACAACCCAGUUAUUGAUUCAGAAAAGAUUCCUGAUCAGCAUGCUGAUUUUGUUAACGAAACUGUUAUAAGAAUCGGUACCUGUGGUGCAACCGGAAGAACAGGUCCUACACCGGACCAAUGUGCCGAUGAAUAUAAUAAAACAGGAAUUGAAUUAAUAUUACCUCCGCCGGAAAUGGAAGAUCCAUUUUCCUUCAACUUAAAUGGUGUUCAAAGAUGGACAGCGCCUCGUGGAGGAUAUUACACAUUAAUAGGAAUGGGUGCUCGAGGAGGAAAAGGUUCUAGUGGCAUGGGAAGCACCUUGGGCGCUCUGGUCCGUGGAGUAAUUGAACUAGAAAAGGGCGAACAAUUAUAUUUCAUGGUUGGACAACCAGGAACUGACGCAUGCCCCAAAAAUUUAGGAUUGAGAAUAAAUAGUUGUCAAGGUAAUGGAUCUGUUGGAGUGUCUUUAUCUCCCGGAAGUUCCUCUAAAGUAUACGACGUAAGAAACAUAAGAAUCAGGGAUGGGGGUGGAGGUGGUGGUGGAGCAACCUAUAUCUUCACACUGAAAAAUUAUCAAGAACAGCAUCCGGUGCUCAUAGCAGCCGGAGGAGGGGGCAUAGGCUUAGGACAGUUUAUAGAUAAUGGUCUUCAGCAUGGUCGAGGACCUGCGCCCCUUGGAAGGCAACCGACUUCCGGUAUAGCUCUUUCGAUAGAAGCAGGUGGACCUGGAGGCGGGUGGAACGGAUCAUCAAAUACCCCUCCGGGUCAACGAACUUCUGCUGGCACCUCCUUGGUCUGGGGGGGCGUAGGAGGAAUUGGCUGCGGUCCUGGAAACCACAGUCAUGGAAAUGGAGGAUUCGGUGGGGGAGGAGGUGGAUGUCUGACAGGAGGGGGUGGUGGCGGCUACAUAGGUGGCGAUACGGGUCGCAAGAAACCCAGCAACGGUGAAGGCGGCUACUCCUACGCCAGUCGGGAGCUUAUGCACGUCCAUUUUCGGCCAGGAAUAAAUCACGGUCCCGGAGAGGUCUACAUUAUUCCCGCUAUCAGUGGCUGCGGGUGUGACUUCCGGUGCGUCGCCCUGGAUCAGUACCUUAGUGAGACAAAGUGUCUCUGUCCACCGGGAUGGUUAUUGAGCAAUGAUUCCAGAUCAUGUGUCAUGGCUGAUGACUCCAAGAUAACUCAUCAGACGUUCAUGAUUUGGCUCAUUGCUAUGAGCGUUGGCUUAUUCCUUGCAUUCGCUGCUCUCUGCCUGCUACUUUAUAAUCGUUAUCAAAACAAAAAGGCCUUACUACGCCGACGACAAGUCAUGUUUGGUAAUGGUACCGAGUUGACAUCAUUACAUGGUGUUUCUGAUACCAUGAUGACUGAGUUCAAUCCGAACUAUGAGUUCGCUGGGAAUCUAUAUAGCUUUAAGGAUCUACCGCAGAUACCUCGUGAUUAUAUUACUCUGGUAAAACCACUUGGACAAGGCGCUUUCGGCGAAGUGUUCCAAGGUGUCUAUAAAUACAGACGUAAUGAAGAACACCCAGUUGCUGUGAAAACUAUACCGUGUUCAUCAAGGCCUGAAACCGAAGCUGACUUUAUGAUGGAAGCUCUGAUUAUGAGCAAAUUUAAUCACCCAAAUAUUGUACACUUUAUUGGAGUUUCCUUUGAUAAAAACCCCAAAUAUAUUGUGCUGGAAUUACUUGCUGGUGGAAAUUUGAAAAAUUUUCUUCGGGAAGAGAGGCCACGCGCGGAUCGAUCCACCUCCCUGACAAUGCUGGACUUAAUAAUGUGCGGCUAUGACGUGGCCAAGGGCUGCAAAUACAUGGAGGAGGCCCGUUUCAUACACCGAGACAUCGCGGCCAGGAAUUGUCUGCUCACCUGCAAAGGACCCGGUCGCAUAGUAAAGAUCGCCGAUUUUGGAAUGGCGAAAGAUAUUUAUAGAAGUGAUUACUAUAGGAAAGGAGGCAAAGCCAUGCUGCCCAUCAAAUGGAUGCCUCCAGAGAGCUUUCUGGACGGGAUAUUUACCACGAAGACUGAUGUCUGGGCUUUCGGUGUUCUCCUAUGGGAAAUCAUGUCCUUUGGAUAUAUACCUUAUACUGGGUGCACUAAUAGAGAAGCGAUGUCUAUGGUAACGUCAGGGGGGCGUCUGGAAAAACCAGCGGGUUGUCCUGAUCCUAUUUAUGGAAUAAUGACCCGGUGUUGGCACCCACACCCAGAAGAUAGGCCUAGUUUUGCAACCAUUGUUGAAAGAAUGGGUUACUGUUUACAAGAUCCAGAUGUCAUAAAUCAUCCAACGCCUAAUUUUGAUAUUCUACCCAUCUGUGAUCGAGAAAUAACCAUCAUGAGACCGGAUCCGGAGACCGAGUGCAUUAACGUCCAAUCAGAACUGGAUGCUUGUGGAUACAUGCAGCCUAGAAUUAUUGACCCACGAUCAGCGAGUCAACGAAUGGCGCAGGCAGCUGCUGGCAAUCCGCCUAUUUCGGGAAACGAAAAUCCAUCAAAAAUCCUGCAAUCUACUGAUCGCUUGCAACCACGAUUUCUAUACAAUCCGUAUGGGUCUAGUGCUGAUACCUCUAAACAAACCUGCGACGGAAAUACCACUCAUAAUGAUAAUGAGAAUGAUCACACCGAGAACAAACAAAAGAAUGGCAGUUCAACUCCUGAAGAGCAAAGCGUACAUCGAACUUCAAUGGACAUCGAAAAUAGUGGUAAGUUAAGAAAUGCAGACAAUGGUAACAACCGUCCAGCAAAGACGGAGAGCCGUCGAAGCAGCACCAUUGACGUGACCGACGCGGACCGAAGAAAUGGUAACGACAGUGUAACGGAUACCAACUCGGACUCCUUGAUCGUCGCUUCCUCUGAUACACCGCCUGACACAACGAAUUCGUCACCGAACACGCGUACUUGCUCCCCUAGUCACACCGGCCUAAACACAAGCACCAAUGUUAAUGGAAUGUUAAAGAAAAAUGCCCUGAAAGCUGCCCUCAGUUUGGAUCCUAGUGCCCUGUGUCGUGGCACAAUACCCUAUGAGAAAAUUGCAUUCUCACCACCUCCACAACGCUCAAGCACUCCCGGAAGUAUGGAAUUAAAAAAGUUCUAUGUAUGAUGGAACUAUCGUCUCUCUGUUCUUCACACGAAGGAUCCUCUGGGUCACGAGCUACCAAGGGAAGAGGAAUGCUCCUGCUGAGAUUUGUACAAAGGGGAGUGACGAUUCUCCCCGGUCGUCGUUGUUGCGACACGAGCCAGAUCGUUGCAACGAUCGGCAACGAUAACCGGCGUCUCUACGUCGAUCCGUGUAAUGGAUGCCUCGUCGUCUCUGUGGAUACGAGACGAAGAACGUUCGCGGCGCGUCUGUUCCGAGGAAACGCUCCUAUGAAUUGCCACUUUCGUCCAUAACACGAGGGAAACGUUUAAUUGCGUUUAUCAGACGUAUGGUCAUUGCAAUAACCAUUUACGUUCGUUGUUAAAUUCAACUAAAUCGACCCACACACAGGCUGUCAUAAAAAUGACGUGAAAUAUGAAUUCUUCGUGGAAAAAGAAAUAGAAAAGUCUUUUACCGUUUUUUAAUCCCACGUUUCGUUCCUGUGAUAUACGCGUUUAAAUUAGAGGUGCCAUGACGCCUAAUCAGUUGACCACUCAGACACCACGGCGCCUAUAAUUCAAAUGUUUAUAUUUCGGUAACAGAGCGUUGGAUUGAAAAACCAUACAUGACUUUUUUAUUCAGUUUCUCACGAACUGUAUACAAAUAUCUACAUAUAUGUAAAAAACAUGAACACAUUAUCGUCGUGUCUGAAAGGGUUAGAACAACUAUCACACAUUCCACGCACACUCGUAUAUAUAAAUAAAGAUAUAUUAUAAAUUAUGUAGAUAUAGCCGUUAUCAGCUGUUAAACGUCUGAAGGAUAACCACAGAUUAUGUCGGGGGUCUUUUUUGGCCGCAUUGUAAUUUUUUUAUGAUUGCAAAACGAUGUAAUACGUGUAGAAGUUUUAGUGAAUGAGUGAGUGUGUAUGAGAGAGAGAAAGAAAGAGAGAGAGAGAGACAAUACACUAUACACAAGACUUAAUUUACACGAAAGAUAAUGAUGGCGGCGUGUUCUUUCUAUACACACACCUAUAAAACCUUUGUAUAAUUGUAUGUAUAUUCUAGACAAGGCAAUUAUGAAUCUUUUUUUUUUAACAAUAUCAAAGGACAACGAUAGCAAAACGUUAAGGGUGUGACGAUUACCUGACUGUUAAUUAAUUAAGGUAUUUGCCUACCUCAGGUUGGUGGAAAGUCGAGGUUUGUUCAUAACAACAAAUGGGCAGGCAUUUUGAAUCGCAAAAAAAAAAAUAAUAAUAAAUAAAAGAGCACAGGCCCUUUUUUAUUUUUCUUACAACGAUGACGUACUUUACGUACGCCCAGCGUAUGAAAGUCAACCACCAUAUACCUGUACGUAAAACGUAAUAAAGACAUGUUUGUGGAAAA